AUGUAUCAGCAUUCCAGAAUCAGCAGUUUUCUUGGAUGCAGUGUGUUUCAUACUGAAACUGGUAGCAGUAAUCUGUCUUAUGAGCCACUUUGUAGAAGAAUAGAUCAGAUUUACUAUGUAAUACAUGUUAAUAAAAUUCACCAAGUCGCGAUAGCCUUUGGUUCUAUUGAAAGUUUGAUCCUUGUCUCCAUGGCAUAUGACUGUCAAGCAGCAGUGUGCAAACCCCUGCAAUAUACUACCAUUAUGACAAGUACUACCUAUAUUCUCAUUGUCACUUGCUGCUACAUGUGUGGUAUCUUACAAUCUUCUGUCCAUGUUGCUCUUCCAUUUUGCCUUUCCUUCUGUCACUCCAAUGUGAUUAAUCACAUUUCCUGUGAUAUUCACCCACUGCUGGAAAUUUCUUGUUCUGACACCCACACAAAUGAGAUUACACCCCUUAUCUUGGCUACAUUAGAUCUUGUUUUCACUCUCUUCGUUAUCUUAAACAUUUACCUGCUUAUUUUCAUUGCUAUCCUGAGGAUGCAUUCAGCUGAAGCACAGAGGAAGGCCUUUUCUACCUGUGCAUCUCAUCUCAUCACUGUGUCCAUCUUCUUUGGUUCCCUUAUAUUCAUAUACUUACAGCCUAGUUCAAGUCACUCCCCAGAGGCAGACAAAAUUGCAUCUGUGUUUUAUAUCAUGACUAUUCCUAUGCUCAACCCUGUGGCCUACAGCCUGAGGAACAGAGAGGUCAAGUGUGCAUUUAAGAAGGUUGUUGGUAAACUAAGAACUACACUUCAUUCUGUUGAUUAA